AUGGAGUCGGCGGCCCCCAGACCUAAGAAGAGGAGAUCAUCGGAGGCCCUGCCGCCAACGGCGACGGCGACGCCGAGUUCCGAAGCUGCAAGGACCAAGAAGACAGGCCAAGAACCACCGGCGGCCGUUGCUGAAGGAGAAGAAGGCAGCAGCCGAGGCGGUGGCGUCGACCGCAUCAGCGGCCUCCCCGACGCCAUCCUAGGCGAGAUCAUCUCCCUCCUCCCAACCAAGGAUGGCGCGCGCACCGCCCAAGUCCUCGCCUCCAGGUGGGCUCACCUCUGGCGCUCGGCUCCGCUCAACCUCGACUGCCGCGACCUCCCCGACGACGACGAGGUCCUCGCCGUCGUCUCCCGUAUCCUCUCCGCCCAUGCUGGCCCCGGCCGCGCUUCUGCGUCCCCGCGGAGCACCUCCUCCACCGCGGUGCCGCCGUGGAUUAUUCCUGGCUGCGCUCCCCCGCCCUCGACAGCCUCCAGGAGAUCGACAUGGGCUGCCGCCGGCGAUCUGGACCGGUGCAGCUCGGUGAGCGGGCAAAAGCUGCCGUCGUCUACCUUCCGCUUCUCGGCCACCCUCACCGUCGCCACCAUCUGCCGGUGUUACGGUGUCUUCCCCUACGGCGCCGGGCAAAUGUUCCAUUUCCCGCGGCUCAAGCAGCUCGCGCUCGUCCAUGUCUGCAUCUCCAAGGGCUCACUGCACAACCUCAUCUCCGGCUGCCCAGCACUGGAGUUCUUGCUUGUUGACGAAAGCUUUGGCUUUCCUUGCCUCCGGAUCAACUCCAAUACCCUUCGGGGCAUCGGCGUGCGAGCUGCGCGGAGGUCACAACAGCUCGUCAUCGAGGAUGCCCCUUGCUUGGAGAGGUUGCUGUCCGCUGAUGGUGCGGGCCCCGCCGGCCUCGAUGUGUCCGUGAAGGCUCAAGCUGCGCCUAAACUGGAGACCAUAGGCUGCGCUCCGGAUUGGUUUGGCAGAUCCAGCAGGCACGUGUUCGGAUCCACGGCUUUUCAGAUGGCUUAA